AUGCGUGGCGGGAAGGCCCCUCCGCCAGGGCUCCGGCAGCAGCUCCGCGAGUGGGCCCAGGGAAGUUGGAAAACGCAGCCGGAGCUUGCCGGUGUGGUGCAGGCCGCCGAGGGGGCUCUUUCCUCACCUGCUCCUUUUUCGCCUGAAAUGGCGCCGCAUCCGGUGAUUUUUCACGAAGAUCUGAUUUUCGACCUUCCUAUGCAUUCGAAUGAGGCUGCUAACGUCUCCAGCAAAACUGUGCAAGAGCGUAAUGCCAGUGGCUCGCUUCUUUCUCAGGCUUCUCAAAUGGUGGAGCUUUACCAACGCGAGCUUCGGUCUUUUGAUAACGAAAGAGAAAAAAUAGAAAGGCUCUGCAAGGAGCACGGCGUUUCGUGCGAAGUAUUCGAUCCUGCUAUUAUUUCUCGCACUCAUAACGAGUGGGAACAACUCAUCGAGGCCUACCGGCAGUGGAUUCCAAUGCUCGCGGAUAUUGAGAGUAUUUAUCAAGCUAUUCGUACGGAGCAGGAGGUGCUAGGAAAAAUUCUCAAUGACACUCAACACGAAGAUCAAGUUUCUGAGAAGCUAAAAGGCAGCUCAAAUGCAAGCGAUGAGAAGAUUUCGUAUCAAUGGCAGGAACUCAAUAAUUACACCACCGCGUGGCAGAGUGGCCUUAAAGCGAUGCAGGCCUUACGGGAUACUCUUCAAGACUUGGAGAGGAAAAACAACGAGGCGGGCGAUGCCCUUUUGGCGAAAGAAUCAUCCCUUAAAGAGCUUCAGAACGUGCUUUUAAUCAACACGGAGGCGCAGUCCACGUCUCUUGAGACGCUUCAAAGCUCUUUACAAGGGGCGGUGGAUGAGCUCGCGGCCAGUGAAAAGGCGGAAUCCGCCGCGUUAAUUAGCGCCGAUCAAACUCAAGAACAUCUUAACGCGCUUGAAAAAAAACUUCAUCACUUGAAAAGCAUUGUAUGCGCACCUGAAGAAAUCAAUGAAAACGAAUUAGCAUUUUUAUUCGAUCAUGUGCGUGUUGCCGCUCAAGAGCUUUCAAACCUGAGUGAAAUAUCCAAUUCGGGAGUAUUUUCAGAGAUACGAAGCGAAUUGGUAGGUGAUACUCCCAUUUUUGACGAAAAGAUCAUACCAAAGAUUUUUAAUCUUCUUUCGGAGCGAAGUCAACAAAAUUUUCAAGAUAACGAUACUAACACUAAUGACCCUGAGGUCAUCGGUAAUGCGCUUCGUAAGCUGCUCAUUUCUGAGCUUCCAAACGGUGAUCGCCUUGCUUCUGUGAGCUCCGACGUCUGGCAAGCGGUGGUGGAAUGGCUGACGAAAGAGGCAAAAGAAGCUCGUGAAAAGUCAAAUGAUCACACGAAUGCUCUUCUCAAUAUGGAUAAAGAAAUUAAUCUUCUCACAGACGAGUUGAGCGAAAGCUAA